GUUGUGAUAAACUUAUUAAAUAGAUCUCGGAUGCAACUAAAUAUGAAGUCGUUCAACAUGAACAACCAUUACAUGCACUUUACAGAAGCUGCGUGUGAUCUAUUUUCUGACAUGGAUGGAAACUAUGGAACGAAAUCAAUCAAAAAUAACAUAAAAUGUCCCAAGUCGAAAGACGAAAUCAUGAAAAAUUUAGAAAAGCUGAACGUGGUGCUGAAGGGAACUGGCAACACGAGUAGUCUGCUGUUGAGUUACUCCUACAUGGAGAAACUCCACAAGGAGGCUCCCGAACUAGUAAAGAGUCUGACCAGUGCACAGCUCCUCAUGAUAACUCUCUUGUUGUCAAUCAAGUACCUGAAUGAUGAAGGCGAAGCUACGAAGCAACUAUGGGAUCUACUAGACAUUGCAGAGAAGGAGAUGGAUUGUGUUGAGGAUGUUGAGUUUGAAGUGUUGAAUGCCCUCAAGUGGAGACUCCAUAUGCCCCCUCACAGAUUCAACUCCCUCGCUCUCCUCUUCCACAGAAGAAUUCUGGGAAGCAAAAUAAAGUUCCGUAAUUUGGUUGACUACACAGAUUUGACAGAUUUUCUCACCGAUCAGGAAUUCUUUGAAAAUUUGCGGGAGAGCAUAUCAAGUGGACUAAAGGUGUUAUCCUGGGCUGUAGUGACUUACGUGACCCUUCUUGGUUUCACAUCAGCAAUCAUAAUAUUAUCACAACAAAAAGAUACCACAAAUGAAGGACUAUGCGAAACAACCUCCGUAACAACAGAAACAGCAACUACUGUCACCAGGCUCCGCCACUCGGAAUAUCAGACGGAAAUAUCAGAAUACCCAACAGUUAAAUAUCCGCAACCUACCAACUAUAUCAACCCCACCAUGUGUUUUAUUGCAACAAUUGGAUCCCAAAUUAAAGACUGGAUUUAUAAACCAGAUGUGGAAGAUGACGUGUACAAGAUGUCCGAUUUAGCAUCGUGUCUUAGAUGCACAAGCUGGGCAUCGCACGACAACGUAUCCAAGCAUCCGGGAAGACUUCCGAGUCGCGUCUUUCCGAGAGAAAGCACGAAUGAUGCAGAGCGAAAGGACGACGACCAAAGUACAACGAAAUCUUCAUCAGUUUAUAUGAAUGAAAAAAGCAAUUUUUAUGAAAACGAAUGGAACUUCACUAGAUAUCGAUAUGACAUGAGACAUUUUGUUAUAAAAAGGGUGACAAUAAGUUUCAACGCAAAAUAUUGAUAUAUCUUUGGAAAAUAAUUACUAAAAAUUUGAGUCACUAUCAAGCCUUGGAUCUAUUGCUCUAGUCAUACAUAGGGUAGAAAUUAAAAAAUGAAAAAGUAUGAACUUA